GCCGGGACAGACUUCUGGAAAGUCAUUGGCCCUGACCAGAGCUUUUGCACUAGGUCCGACGAUUUCUGAGCAACUGCCGGACCGUACGUCCGAAGCUUUGUGAAUUAAGAAAUAUUCUAUCGGAAUACGAAUCCAGUCGUAUCAUGUCAAUCAUUCAGGAUACAAUUCCUAUUGUAUCUGACCAAUGCCUCACUACUGACACAUUCUUCUCACAUAUUUUAAGUAUUUACAUUUUAUUAGAAGUAGCUCUUCUUAGGAAACCAAAAAAGAGGCGACUCUCUGACCGGAAAAUUUUCGUUUGGACAACAUUUUUGGCAUUGGCGGUCCGAACUUUUCAUAAGUUUGCGGGAGCAGUUUUCACGUGCGCCAGGCUUCUGGGGUGCAGUGAUAUUCAAAUCCUCUGGUGUAUUAUUAAAGACAAAAAUAUUUUACAACGAAAACCUACAGCCAAAACAUGACCGUGCAGGGGCGCUGCCAUUUUGAUUCCUGUAUAAUUACAGUUACAGUAUCGUAUUGGAUUUAAUCAUAUUUUAUUGCUAAUAUAAAUCUAGAACAUGCAAUACAUUAUACACAUAACACAGUAAAACAAACACACAUAUGAUGAAGAUGAUUUAAGUACAGUCUCGUAACGUACAUGAUCCGUGUAUAAUAGCCGUUACUGUACCGUACCUUUCUCUACAACUACUGUAGCGCCUCUUGGCGUGUGCGACCAUAGAAACAAAUUUUGAUAUUUUUUUCUCAAAACCAGUAAAAAAGUUUCAGGUCGGGGGAAAAUGGUUCAGGUCGGUCGGGAGACUGGAAAAACACCUAUUUUUUGGCCUUAAGAAGGAAGUUUAAUUUACUUGAAUUGUCACACUCGUCCACUUAUCUACUGAAGUGAAGGGCAUUUAUAUUUCGUAUAUUUUGGUUUAAACAUAUUUUAUUUUGCAAUAUUUUUACAACAUGAUUACAAAUAUACAAUAAAAGAUUGGACAGGAAGCUUUAUAAGCUUAAGGUUGUCCUCUCCCUUUGUAUAUUUUGGAUUUAUACAUAUUAUUUGACAGGAAACCAGACGUAUCACAAUGAUAUUGUCAUCAGCAGUGCUUUCGUUAUUGUUAUGUUACUUUGAUGUCUCCUCUCAGGCUUGUAACGAAUGUGACUGUUGUGAAGGAGAUAACGCAUGUGUUGCAGAAACAAAAUCUUGUAUGAACGGAUGUAUAGCAGGAUUCUGGGGAGAUAAAUGCAUAAAUUCCUGCCCUAAAAACUGCAUCACAUGCACAAGUGACAUUGACUGUACAGAAUGCAUGUCCGGAUUUUGGGGUACACAGUGCACAUCAUCAUGCGGGAAGGGUUGUGUUAACAACACGUGUUUACAGUCAGGAAAUUGCGAUUGUAAAUCAACCAAUUUUGAUUCCGGACGUUGUAGGAGUUGUAUCAAAGGAAAAUUUGGUGUCGACUGUGAUGAAAGUUGUCCAAGCAACUGCGGUAGUUGUCUUUCAAAAACGCACUGCAAUUGGUGCAAAAAUAGGUACUAUGGUUCUAUUUGUCAAUUUGAGUGCUCUGUUGGAUGCUCUACUGGUACAUGUAAAAAGAAUGAUGGUACUUGUAGUAGUUGCAAAACCGGUUUUACUGGAAAUAAAUGCGAUUCGUGCAUCACAGCGAAACAUGGAGCAAACUGUGACUUAGACUGUCCACGCAGUUGCUUUUGCGAGAACGAAUGUACGUCCACAUGUAAAUCAGUUAAAGGAAAACGUUCGUGCAACGCAUAUGAUGGAUAUUGUAUAUAUGGUUGUCUAGACGGAUUCCAUGGCGAAAUGUGUGACAAAAAGUGCAGUGAUAAAUGUGUUAAUGCAACAUGCCUUCAGACCACUGCGCAAUGUUUGUACGGCUGUAAUGAGGGCUUCAGUGGAUCACAGUGUACGCAAGCAAAGAAACAUGUUCGUCAAGACGGCCAUACAACUAGUGAAAUGAUAGGGGCAACAUUUGGAGCAGGACUGUUUGGUUUACUAAUUGGAAUUGUGUUCACAUUUGUUUUCAUUACAUGGAAAAGAAGAAGGAACGAAAAGAAAGGUGAUGAAAUCAAUGGAAAUCCAGGAGACGGAAUUGAGAUCAUGGCAACACAGGAUAGAGAUGGUUCUAACAAUGUUGACUAUGAAAAUGAAAUGCCUGCGACAUACGAAGAAUUAAAAGAGCGCGAUGAGAGGACAUAUAGCGAGAUAACUUCAAACCAACAGAUGUCUCAUCAAGCGGCGGAAUACAUAAACUGUUGAAUAGGUCUAAUUUAUUCACAGCAAUAUUUUAACUGAUCAUUUUACAUAUGGUUGAAUUGUCAGUUCUACUUUUUAAUUAUCAGAAGUUCCAAAAUAUGUUUGAAUUAAUUAUUAGAUCAGCAAACUGUCAAUAUUUUCUCAACUAUAUGGCAUGUGAUGGCAUGUGCCUAGUUAAUUGCUAAUUUUCAGCAGUGGACAAGUAGGGUAAGAGACAUGGUAUUCAAUGAAAACUUUCAAAAAGCAUCCCUUUCAAUACACUCCUUUAAUUAGUGGUGUUGAUUGUGAGUCCGGUUGCGGUGCGCUCGACGCAGGCAUGGAAAUAUGUAUUUGUUGUAUGUACGUACGUUUAGUAGUCAAAUUGUGCAUUAAAUUGUGCGUGCCUGCAUGCAUAACUCCAACUUUGUCACUUUGACAUGUAUAAAACAUUUUUUUUCUAUUUUGCAGAUAUAUUUGCCCUAAUGAGACAGAGUAUUAUGCACCAAGCCUCUAUCUCAAUGUAGGUCAAAGUUUGGACUCGUAGUUCUAGCCAGAUAUGUUCACGGCCGUAAUUGUGAAAUGUGUGGAGCAGCAAUCUUUAUUCGACAAAUGUUUAAUGCAAUAUGUCAAACGCAAUACAACUGUGCCCGUCUAAUAAUUCGGGUCUGAAUUAUCGUGUUACUAUUUCAGAUUGUGUCCGACAUUUGACUUCAGGCACUCGUUCUUUAUUUGCAGAAAGGUCUCCCACAAUGAGACGACGUGUAGCAUGCAAUUACCGGGAUCCUCUCCCAAAAGCCAAAGUCACACUCGGAAUCAAAGGUCAUGUCAGACAUUGCCUAAAACGUACUUUGUCGUGCACAGAUCCGUUAAUUGAUAGAACUGAUUUAGACGGUGUGUUUCAAAUAAUGGCUAUACACUGUUGUCAUUUCUUUAAUCAAAUUAUAGUGAGUGCGUGAGUGAGUGAGUGAGUGAGUGCGUGAGAGAAGAGCUUAUGGUAGAUGAACACAAAAAUGCAUAUAUCGCCGAGAAAAUAUGUAUUUAAAACGUAGAUGGAAAGUCGUCUAUAAAACAUAUACUUGGAUAGAGAGUGGUGUCAUAGUUUCAAGAGUACACUGCCUACAAGUUAUGUUUUCUGUAUGUUUAUGUAACAUUUGUCCCGUAUUUUCCCCCGUAGUCUUGUUGUAAAUAGUUAUGUUUAGGAAUUAUUCUUCAGCUAAUAAAACUCAUAUAAAUCAUAUCUAAAAGUCCUAUCAUAACAUAUAUUACUUAUUUUCUUUGUGCCAUUCGCAUUUAUUGACCAAAAAACAGGUUUUAUAUAAUGAAGUGUACAGUAACUGAACAAAACAUUGUCCCGUGACGAUUUAAUUAGAUAAAAUUAAGUAUUUAUAGUUUGUAUAAAAGCAUUAUAUGGUAAUUUUAAAUUAGAUUGUGAUGAUAAAGGUGAUUUCGUUCAUAUAGUAUCAGUAUCUUCGUUUCCACUAAUACCAACAGGACUUCGAACCCAAUAAAUUAUGACAGACUUUUUUGAGAGUGCAAAAACCUUAAUGAUGCAUGGUGUUCUCGGUAUCUCGAAUAUUAAAAUUCAGGGCGAUUUACCUCGAGAUAAUCAAAUUUGAUAGGUGUGUUUUGAUAACCUCUUAUACAUGUAAUUUAAUAGAAAAAAGUGGAAGCUUCACAGGUCGCCCAACACGACAAAAACGAAAAUGUUGCAGGCUCGGUUUGAUUGAGCCUGUUCAUGGACGGUAGUGGAAAUGCAUGCUACCGUCCACGCCCUCUAGCCCCGGGUUGAGCAGAACUCAACAUUUACACAUGCUAAAACACAUUUUAAGAGAACUCGAGAAUUUGAAUCGCAUUUGUCAUUUGCACUAAUCACGUCUUUAUGUGAAUAAAAAGCUUUGGGCUUGGGUGGUUCCAACGUUUCGGCUUUCAUCUCUUUGGGUGAUGUGUUAAUAUUGAUAAUAUGUAAGGUGCAUUAUCUGUUUGAGUGAUUAUAGACAUUUCGUUUUUAGUGUAUAUUUAUGUUCUUUUUAUUUCAAGAAAGACACAAGUAAGGUUGUAUAUAAUUGUUUGUAAAUUUCUUACUGUAUUAUCAUCUGGAAAUUAAGAUAUUCCUGUCAUUAUUAUUAUUGUAUUUAUUAUUAUUAUUAUCAUGAUAA